GUGUUGUUCUGCUUGUGCACCACCUGUCUGGACCUGUCACGUGCAGACUGAUAGCAGCACAAAUGUAGAGCAGUUGCUGAACAUUGCUUCCUGGUCUAGGUAAUCUGUUAAGGCAACACGCACUCUCUGCACACGACGGUGACGAUUACAAGGAUCAAAGGUUCUUAGUCCUCUCGACUCAACGUACUCUACGUAUGUGCCUUUACUUCUUCGAUUAACAAUUUGGGACGUAAAGACAGUUUCUUGAAAUGACCGACUGCCACGUUGCACAGUUUUCACGAAACUGACUUAUUCAGAAGCACCAGAACCAGCACGAGAAUCGUCAUCAGCACCAGCUGCAGCUGCCACACACAGACGAUGUACGUGUACGAGAACGGCGGCGAACAUUACACGAUGCGAGAAUUCUACGACGAGCACCAGAAACACCUGCCCAAGCUGAUCGUUGUCACUCAGGGAUACGACGGCGGCGUCGACCUUGACACCAUGGGGAUGGGGCAGGUCAUGAGAGUUCACAGCGCAUGCACACAGACACGAGUGGUUGCCAAAGAUGGAACUGGACGCACUAUCACCAUCCCCGUGGACUACCCUUUGCCUUUCCGAGUCUGCAAACAAACAAAUAAAACUGAACGCGGCACACUUCUGAGUGAUGUUCUAGCGGACCAUGUGUUGCCGGUGGAGGUGGAGUUCGCCUGUCCACGUGACUACAUGUUCGACGUCGGCUACUCUCAAGCCAGCGCCAAGUCGUUCGGCAAAAUCACUCUGUCCAGCCUGUACGACGAAACGUACUGCAUCGCCAACUGCAUCUACGACGGUGUCCUGGAACCCCAAACCGUGCUGAUUCCACUGUAUCUGCAGAAGGUUCUCGUAUCCACGGUGGUCGGAAUAAAGGGUCGAACUCGCGAACAGUUCCUCCAGUUCCUACACGACACGGAACAGGCUGCUAAGGGAAUAAUACAUGUUGGAAAAACUGGAAAUGAAAAUAUUGCCAUGUAUAAGAAGGUAGAUGUAGACAAAUCUAAAUCAGAGAACGUGUAUGAAACAUUCGAGCCAGAGAAGUUUUUUCGCUUUGCUAAAUCGGAAGAAUAUUGCACGUUACAAACCCAAACACCAACAGGGGAGGCUACUCACAUGAUGCCUGGCACAGAACAGGAAACCCGCCCGCCAGAGUUACCUCCCAGAUAUAAAGAAACAGAAGGCGCUUUUAAAACUUCGUCUUUGCUAAAACCAGACUAUUAUUGUACUGUUGGUGAUGUUAAGCCAAAAGUUCCCCAACGUACAUCACUUCGUCUACCACAACAAACAUCUUCUGGAGACACGAACAAAGUCAAAGUGAAUUAUGUAAAUGACAUUGGACGAGCAGUGGUUUCGCCAUAUGGAGUUGGAUCUUCGCCACAGAGAGAAGCUCAAACUCGAGAGAAAAGGGUGGAGGAGUUGACGAUAGAUGAACUGGGGGAUAAGUUGAAGGCGUUGAAGCUGGACCGGCAUGUCGAGUCCUUCAGAGAUGAGAGAAUCGAUGGCUGUUUGCUAACAGAAUUCGACCAGAGUGUCUUGAGGGACGAAUUCAAGUUCACGCAGCUGGAGACUAUAAAACUGAUGAAGUUCAUCCGUACUGGACAUGUUCCACGCUGAACGUCAACUGUUGGGCAUCAGCUGCCGAGGAUAACGUUACGCUAUUCGUACAGGUCGUGGAAAUCAUGAUAGAUCGUGGAAUUACAGACCUAUGAAGACAUGGAAUUUUUAGAUGGGUGAUAAAAGACCUCUUUUAUGGAAAAUGAAAAUUGGUUGAUCAUAGUUUUUCAUUUUGAAAUAACUCUAUAGUCAUUCCCGUCAGGGAACGUUGUAAUACAACUUAUUUAUUUCUGAGCCGAUUGGUUUUAUAAACUGAGCACAAAAGGAAGGAAGAAAGGAAAUGUUUUAUUUAACGCUGUAGCGGGUUUCCUCUCUCAUUAUCUGUGUG